CUGAUAUUACAUUUCAAGCGCAAUUAUUUCAUAGUGUUUUGCUUGGGGAGGUUCAUCAAAAAAAUGAAGAUUCUGAGUUUUGGUUUAAAUUGGGUGGCAAAUUAGUUAGGUUCUCAAUCAAUGAGUUUGCCCUAUUACUGGUUUGAAAUGUGUGGGCAGUCUUGACUUUAACAUGUUCAAAGAGGUUGAUUUAGGGCUUAGGAAAUCUCUUUUUCUGUUGUAUGAAGGUAAACCCAGGAAGGAAGAAAAACUUAGGAAAGAGGAGGUUGCAUGUGCGUUUAAUGAUAAAAAUUUGAAGAAGAAAGGUGAUGAGGUUGUCGUUAAGUUGGCUAUUGUUCAUUUGUUAGCCAGUUUUCUGUUUGGGACACAAACUGAGACUCGUGUUGACAACUCCUUCUUUACCAUGGUUGAUACUGAUUUCGUUGAGAUGAAGAAGUUUGCUUUUGGGAAAGUGUUGUGGCAAAGAACUAGGUGUGUGAUGCGAGCAGUGUUGAAAGAUAGGAACGCUAUGUAUGAUUAUGUUCUUAGGAAAGCAGAUGGGUCACUGGAUAACCAUAGUUAUAAGUGCUAUGGUUUCCCUAUUGCUUUCCUUAUAUGGAUAUAUGAGACAAUUCCUUCUUGUUCUCAAGCGUUGUGUAGAAGGGUUAAUUAUUUGUUUCCAAGGAUUCUAAAUUGGACAAGCAGGGGAAGUGUGUCAUACCAGUAUUUGGUUGAUAACGUUCUUUUGGAGGAAGAGUAUGAUAUUAAUGUCAUAAUCCCUACAAAUGAAGAAAUGAGACUGCCUAUACUGAGAGGGUUGUCUUUUGAGAGUAAGUUUUUUCCAACAAAUCCACCUGAUGAUGAUGAUGCUAAUCCAUCAGAUAUGCAUUAGGAUCUUAUUACCAUUCAAUCAAAAUUGACUGAAGUGCAAGAUUCCCAUAAGUGUAUAUUGCUUGCAAUUUCUGAAUUGAAGGAAUCUUUCGCAUAUGAUUUUGCUUAUGUUAUAUCUUUGUUGGGUGGUAUUAAAGCAUCUAUGGCAGCUGGUAAUCAUAAUGUUGGUGGAGAGUUUGAAGAUCCUAUGCAUGUUAAGGCUUCUUCUGAGGUAACUGGUUACUAUUGUUUAUGUGUUUCCCUUUAUGAUGUCUAAUUUUGUUCUAAUUUUUGUAAAAAUUGCUGGUUUUUGUAUUUUUAGGAUUUUUUUUAUGGCCAUUCUUCUGGGGGUUACCAAAAUGAUGAUAUUGGUGAGGAGUUGGGGGAUGAUUUGGAGCAUUCCAUUCAGAUUGCUUCACAAUUUUUUUACUACUGAUAAAGUAAGAUUUUCUUUUCCUUUUAUUUGUUUAAGCAUUUGGUUUAUAUCCCCCUUGUUUUCUUGUUUGUAUUGAAUUAUUGGUUGUAUAUAUUUUUUUCUUUUUUAGGAGCCAAUUAAAGUUGACUCAACUGCUCUCAAGUCCUCGAACUCCCACAUUUCAUGUCUCUAAUGUAAUAUGGAGAGUUAUUAAUGAAUCGGUUGAGAGGCCACUUAAAGAGAGUAGUUCUUUGGAGGAUAAAAUUAAGUGGUCGAUUGUGUUGUAUGAUGAUGCACAAGCAGUUGAUAAUGGACUGAUUUUGGGAAAGAAAAGGCAAGCGAAGCCGAGCGCUGUUGUAAAGUCUCCUUUCUUAACAAAUUUUGGAUCUUCUAAAGUUGGAGUGAAAAAAAAAGGACAAUAUUGGAUAAUAUUUGUUCAUUUUCCAAUGAACUUGGUGAUAAUCACACUAAAGAACAACUGUCUGAGUUUGACUAUUGGAUUAAACGUGAUUUGAAGAAAAGGAACAAGUAUGUAUAACAAUUAAUUGUUUUAAAGUUUUUUCUAUGCGUAAUAUGUCUGAUUAAUUUGUUAACUUUUUUAUUUUAUUUUUUAAUGUAUUGUUCAGGUUGAAAAAAUAUGAUGAUAAUUCCGUGGACCCACCAAUUAACUUCACUUUUGUCCUUAUUUCUAAGAAGACUUGGUUUCAUAGCCUUAAUUUCUCUGGGCAAUUCAGUGAUUCAUCAGAGAGAUUCUUCAUUUUCUUUUAUCUAUUUUUUCAUGUUGGAGUUAUUUUGUUUUGUUUUAAAAUGUAAUAAGUCUAGUGAUCUAUUUAUGCUAUAUAUUAUGAUGUUAUUGGGUAACCAGUUCCCUUACUGUUUGCUUUGUUGUAGUUCCUUGGGUAACUGGUUACCCAAACUUUGUAAUUGUUUUGUGUUGAUGAUGGUAACCAGUUACCCUUGUGUAAUAAAUUUUUCUUGACUGUCAUAGUAGAUUGGUUUCUACAUAUAUCAUCUUAUAAUCAUGUAUUUUUUUUUAUUAUGCAGCAUAUUGAUGUGAUGAUGUAUUACUUGAGGAGAAAUGUUAAAUUGUCUAAAGAUUUGAAGAGGAGAGUAUCUACGACUGACACUUGUUUUGGGCAAAACAUAGUGUUUAUGUUUGAAGAUUUUAAGAAAAAAGGUAGUGGUGCAUUUAAAGUAGAUGAGAGCUGCGUUGCUUUGAAGAUAAUGAAGGGAGAAUCCAUGUUUUGUGCAACUCAUUAGAAUUUUCUUGAUGAUGUUGUCAUGCCUGUUAAUGUGAAGGCUCUUAUGCACUGGAUUAUGUUGCACUUUAAUAUACAGCAGAGAUCACUUACGGUGUAUGAUUCAAUGUCUGGUGCAAAGCAUGAAAAUCAGACUUUACCUGUCGUUGAGGCGUUUGCUGUUUUGAUUCCUCUUCUAUUGGAGAAGAUUGGUUUCUAUGAUCGUCAAGAUAUUAAUAUUGAUGUUAGUCCGUAUAAUGUGGCAGAGAAUGAGGCUUUGAAGUUGAGCAUUGCUACAGGCAUUCCUCAACAAAUUGAUUGGUUAGUUUGUUUAUUUGAUUUUAGUUUUUUUUUUCUUUGUGUUCUUUUUUGUUUAUACAUUCUUAGUUGUUGUUUUUUUACUUGUUUCCAUUAUGCAGCGAUUGUGGGGUGUUUUCUACUUAUUUUGCUGAGUAAAUAAUUAUUGGGAAGGAGAAUGAGAUGCCUAAACAUAUUGAUGUUCGUCUCCUUCGCAAAGACAUUGUUGUCAGCUUGUACUAUCAUGGAAAGAACAAAGAACUUGAGGGAUACUUAACUAGCGAUGAGUUCAAUAAAAAGCUUUUGGAGAGGAGACAAAAAAGAAUGAAAAUUGCUGCAUAGGCUUAAGUGCUAUUAUGUUUCUCUUGCUUUUUUAUUUUUGCUACAAUAGUAAUUAAAUGAUGAAUCAAUUUCUAGUUUAUCAGUUAGUUUUUUUUAAUUAUGCUUAUGUAAAACAUUGGGAUUCUUAAAGGUCAUUUUAUAUAUACAUAUCAGUAUAGCUUUUGUUUAUUUAUUUGUUGUAAGUGGUGGGAAGAAUGAUUUAGAGGGUAACCAGGUACCUAGGUUGUUUCUUUGCUAACAUACCGAGGGUAAUUGGUUACUUAAGUGUUUUUUUUUCCCCAUUGGUUUGUUGUUGUUAAUUUCAAUUAUUAAUAUAUAUUUUAGAUAACACUUUAAAGCAGGUAGCUAGUUUUCUAUUUGUUUUCAUAUUUUUGUACAAUGUUUUAUGGAAUAAUUUGAGGGAAACUAGUUCUCAGUUGGGUUGUUUAACUAAAUUUAUUGGUGUGUAUUCGAGCAAAAAUGAUUUUGAGGGUAACCAGGUACUCAGGCUGUUUCUUUCCUAAUAUAUCGAGGGUAACUGGUUACUUAAGUGUUUUUUUAG